AUCAAAACUGCACUCUAAAGGCGCGCGCGUCUGUUUGUGUGUGUGUCUGAGUGUGUGUGUGCUUAGCUGCAUGUGAACUAACAGGAAACAACGAGCAAUUAAACAAACGACGCUGACGCAGGCGCAGACGCAGUCGCAGUCGCAGUCGUCUUUGCUGUUGCCGUUGCCGUCGCAGUUAGAACCAUGGAGCCCAAGACUUGCUAAUUGAGGUCGUCGCUAGAUUUCGCAGCGCACAAAUCGCACGCCAUUUUGUAUUAUGCUUCAGAAAUAUUACGAAACAUUCUAGAGAGGGGCGUAACAAGCACAGCGAUCACAACAAUAAUCGAUUAAUCGAUCGAUCAAUCAAUUAACAACAACAACAAGAGGAAGAAUUCGAGAGGAAGCGAACGAACAGUUAAAACAGAAACGGAAACGGAAGCGAAAAUCAAAUUUAAUCAAAUACUAAAGUGAGAACAGCCUAAUCGAUAGAUAGAUAGAGAGAGAGAGAGAGAGAGAGAGAGAAAUAGCGAGCGAGCCUGGCCCCAACAUGAGCAACAUGAAGGGCGGCUUCACUACACUCAAUCGCUGGCUUGGCCGCAAAAAAGACAAAUCUAGCGUGGGCAGCGCCAAUGGCAAGCUGUCAAAGUCAACCACACAGCUGCACCACCUGUCCACAGACCAGGGCAUGCACAUCAACGAGGCUAGUCAGCUGGAUUACAAUCGCAUCACCCCUCUGCCCGCAGCCACCAGCAAUGCGCCGUUCGAGCAGACUUUCCGCAUCACCGUGCUCCUGCCCAAGGAUCAGCUGUAUGUGACGCGGCUGGGCGCCCGUGUGCCACUCAGCAAGCUGCUCUCCCUGGUCUGCGACAACAAACAGUUGGAUGCCGAUAAAUAUGAGUUUCGCAAUCCAGUGGAUGCUAGUCAGGUGUACAGCUGCGAGUCGAGCAUCGGUGCAGUGGGUCUGUCGGAGAUACGUUUGUGCCACAAGUCGGAGUCGUAUGACAGCUUCAAUGCGGACUCCAUGCUCAAGUUUCAGCGCACGGGCGGCACACGCGAUUCGCUGAGCAGCAGCUCCGAGUUCAGCAGCAGCCGGCACUCGCACUCCAAGCUGACGGCCAAGACGCCCAGUCCGUAUAGCUCGAGCAACUCGCUCAACUCCAUGGACUCCACGGGCAUGAACUACACGCGCACGCCCGUGGUGCCGCCCAAGGCGUUGGCCGUGGCGCCGCCUCCACGCAAGAAGCGCGUCGCGCCACGUCCACCCAGCCAGGUGGUCAUACCGGAGCAGUCUGUAGCGCAGUUCAACGAGAACCCAGCGCCGACGCCGACGCCGACUCCAACUCCAACGGAGCCCGCCUAUGCGGUCAUUGUGAAGCGUCCGCAGCUGUGCAUGUCCACGCCCAACUUGGCCAGCACGCCGGAAAAGACAACUGAAACGGAGGCGGAACCCUCGUUCGAGCUAGACUGCAAUGGCAACAGUGCCAAGACCUUAGAUGGCGGACACUAUGCCACGCUGGAGCGCAGGCCCUAUUCUCAGGCCUUGCCGGAACCGACGCCGCGCAAGCGUCUGCUGCAGCUGAAGAAGAAGACGGCGCCAGCCCCGCCUCCAGAAUCGCCAGGACCUGCAGCUGAAGGUGGAGCUGAGGCAGCACCAGCAGCUGCAGACACCAUAUCGCUGGCCUCCUCCACGACGGCGUCCAUGACGGAAGCUCUGCCGGCAAUACCGCAGCCAGCGCCUAGGAUUACCACACCCAUUCCUGUAGCCACGCCCACAGCCGCAGUUGUGCAGCAGCCGCAGCAGCAGGCGGAGGCAGUGCCUCCGGCUUUGCCCGCCAGCACGGCGCCCCAGCUGCAGAGCAAUGGCAGCCAGAACGUGUCCAAGGUGCUGUUGAACCGCACACCCACGCCGGAGCCUCGAUCGCUGGGCAGCGCCACGGAGGAGGACGAGGACAACAACGAUGCGGCCUCCAAGCAGGCGGACUCAGGCAUUGGCGAGCCUGUGCCCUCGCCGCUGCCCUCCAGCUCGCCCUCGCCCGAACCGGAAGCGCAGUCCUUGGCAGCUCAUAAAGCCCCAAUCGAGUCCAGCUCCGAGGAGGACGACGAGGCCAUCAAAGUGUAUAACUUUAAGACAUCCUGCAAGAGCUCUGUCAAGGUCAAGGAGCUGCUGCUGACCACCCAGCAGCUGGAAGCGGCACACGAUGAGCAGCCCUCGCCCCUGUCUGAUACACCACUGGCGCAGACGCCCAGCAGCCCGAACAGCGACCUGACUUCGCUGUCCUCGUGGAACUACGCGGGUACCAUAUCGCCGCCGCCGGACUUCUCGGACGGGGCGCAGCUGGGGCAGCUUGGGCAGCGGCCCAAGAGCAACGAGGUUGUCAACGAGCUGUCCUCCAUCAUACAGCACCAGCGGCUGGACACGCUCAUCCGCCAAGCGCCCGAGCAGCCGCAGCAAAUCGAAGCGGCUAAGCCCAAUCGCCUGGCCAACUUUAGCAUCGCAGCAAUAAGCAACGGCUCGGGCAACGUGCGAAGCUGCUCCAGCAACGGCAACGGUAACAGCAACAGGCACAGCAGCAGCAGCAGCAGCAACAGCAGCAGCAGCAGCUCUCCUACUGUUGCACGCACCGACUCCUUCCAGUCGCCUAGGCAUAGCCACAACGGCUCGUCCUUUGGUUUGCGGCUGCGCAGCUCCUCGCAGCUGUCGCUCAACCGGCUGGAGCUGGCUGGACUGAACGGCAGCCUGCAGCAGCGGCGCUCAUCCAGCGAGCUGAGCAUUGGGGAGUCGCCUUCGCUCCAGAGUCUCGAGCUCAUCAAGACCAUAUUGAGCAACUCGCGCAAGAACAGCCUGGCCACAGAUGCCACUGACUCCACGGAGACGAAGCCACAACUUCAAUUGCAACUGGACGAGUCUGAGAAACCAAAGAGCAGAUCGACUGCAUCGCCCACAGCUGUGCUUGCGCCCAUGGUCAAGCCGGUGUCAAUAGAAGUGGCCACGCCUGUAAGCACGCCUGAGUCUACAGUGAAGUCCCACACAGCUGCAGCCACAACAACACCAACAGCAGUGCCUGUCAGCACAGUCGUGUCCACUGCGAACGAGCACACAUCUGUGACCACAUCUGUAUCUAAAGCGGCGUCCACAGCUGUGCCUGUGCCUGUGGCUGAGCCAGAGUCCAUGCCUGUUCAAACAGUCGCGUCCCCAUCUAAAGCUGCAAACGUGUCCGCAACUGGCUUUACAUCAAACGUGGCCACAGCUGAGCCUGCCAAGAAGGCGACGCCUGUUAGCACAGUCGUGUCGCCAGCUAUAGCUACAAAGGUGUCCCUAGAUCAGCCUGUGGCUACGUCAACCAUGGAGAUGCCUGUGUCCGCUUCGCUAACCCCAACUGUGUCGCCAGCUGCAGCUUAUGCCCAGGCAGCUUUACCCAUAGCAUCGGCUCGCAAGGACUCUCUGCAGGAAGCCACAACAGAGCCGGAGCCUGAGCCUGAGCCUGAGCCAGAGCCAGAGCCAGAGUUGGCGCCAGAUCCAGCGCCCAAACCGCUGCCACAGACAUAUCGCUACUCCGGCCCGCCCAGCAUUAACUUUGCCACAUGGAGCGAGCGUCCCAAGUCGCAGGUGGCCAUCAAAAACGAGGGCGACUACAUCUAUGGCGGCGCCAGAGCAGAAGCAACACCGAGGCCCGCCACGGCACCCGUCAAGCUGACCAUUGAGGUGGCCUCGCCUGUGCUGCGCAUGGGCAUUCCGCGCAAAGAGUACCACGUGCCCAUCACGGUCAAGCCGCUGCGCGAUGCCAGCCAGGAGCGCGAGAGGGAGCAGCAUGAGCCGGAACAGGAGAAGCCAGCCAUGCAGCAGGAGCUCCUAGUCAAGCCCUCCACGCUGCCACGGCCGUCGAAGAGCAAUCGCUUUACGCUGCCCGCCAGCGUUCAAGUGCAGAGCAGCAGCAGCGUCAGCGGGACAACCAACUCACUGCCCCGACCCAAUUCGACGCUGGGAAAGGCAGCGACGACUGCGACGCCAGUGGAGCCGGUGGCAGCACCUUUUGGUCAGAAUACGCUGAGGCGCACGGGAUUCAAGGAGCGCAUGUUGGCCAAGGAGCAGCAGGAGCACGAGCAGGCGCUGAACGUGCGCGUCUCUGUCUCUGUGAACGGAAUGAGCACAACAACAACAAAUGCAGCACCAGUGCCAGCAGCGACUGCGGCAGCGACAUCUGUAAAGCCAGCGACGCCGACGCCGAUGCCAACGUCGACAGCAGUAAAGCCAACGACGCCGACGUCGAUAGCAAUAAAGACAGCGACGUCGACGUCGAUAGCAGUGAAGCCAGCGACGCCAACAGCGACGCCGUCAUCGAUAACAGUGAAGCCAGCGACGCCGACGCCGACGCCAACGUCGACAGCAGUGAAGCCAGCGACGCCGACAGCAGCGAAGCCAGCGACGCCAACAUCGAUAACAGUAAAGCCAGCGACGCUGACGUCGACGUCGACGUCGACAUCGACGACAAAGCUGAGAAGCAGCAAAGUGGAGCUGAAGCUAGAAACAGCUGAACCAAAGCCAGCGCCGGCUGCGCUGCAAGUCAAGCUGCGACCCAUCAGUUUCAUGGCUAGCAGAUCCGUAGCCACGCCUACGGCCACGCCCUCGCCCACUGCCACUGCUACUCCCUCGCCGCCGCCGCCACCCCCCAUGUUGAGCAAGGCAAAGGCGAUGCCCAAAUCGAAGGUAGCGUUGCCGGCGGCAGAUCCGCGCGAUCAGCUGCUGGAGGCGAUACGAAACUUUAAGCGCGAGGAGCUGAAUCGUGCCUGAGCGAGGAAGAGGAAGCAGCAGCAGCAGCAUAGAGAAUACCGAAACGACAUGCACAAAGCGAAUGGCGCAAAUUACUUGAAAAAGUUUUCAACUUAAUUUUUUUUGUUUUCGAUUUUCGAUUUCGAUUUUUGAUUUUCAUU